UGGUAUAGUUUUUAAACUUCCGUUUUUUCCAUGCUGGUUUGUUUUGCAAAGUUGCUUCAGGUUUCGUCAUUAAUAUUAUCUGCUUCGCGCCGAUUGUCAACAGCGAUGCCUCGAAACAAACGUGGAGGCCGGAGGAAAUAUCAGCCCAAAAAACAAGGUCGAGGCAGUUGGGAACUGUCUGUCCGCAGGAAUGAACUGUUUGAAAUUUUUUAUUCAGGUGUCGGAAUCGUACCAGAGGGGGAGUGGGAUCAAUUCCUUAAGACCCUCCGGGAACCGUUACCUGUAACAUUUAGAAUCACUGGCUUCAAAGGACAAUCUAAGGAAUUGAUGAAAAUAGUGAAAGGACAGUACCUGAAUGACUUAAUGAAAUUUACUGAGGAUGAGCUUGAGGAGCGUGACCCUGUGGUGCCCAAGAAUCUCACAUGGUACCCAGAUGAGCUGGGCUGGCAGAUUAACCUUUCCAAGAAGGAGGUCAGGCAUGUUCCUCGGCUGGAGAAACUGAAAAAAUUUCUGGUGUUUGAGACAGAAAGUGGAAAUAUUAGUCGCCAGGAAGCUGUGUCUAUGAUCCCGCCAUUGGUAAUGGACAUCAAGCCACAUCAUAAGGUUUUGGACAUGUGUGCAGCUCCCGGCUCAAAGACUUCACAGCUGAUUGAAUACCUUCACUCCGGUGACACGACUGAAGAACCAGAGGGGUUUGUAAUUGCUAAUGAUGUAGAUAACAAGCGCUGCUAUCUGAUGGUCCACCAGGUAAAACGUUUACAGAGUCCAUGCUGUGCCAUUAUGAACCACGAUGCCACCAGUCUGCCAAAACUCAGAUGUGGGGAUGGUGCCCAUGACUUUGUGAUGUUCGACCGAGUCCUCUGUGAUGUGCCAUGCAGUGGAGACGGUACUAUGAGGAAGAACUUUGACAUCUGGGAAAAAUGGAGUAUGAAUCAGGCGAUGAACCUUCACAGACAACAGACAAAGAUCCUGCGGCGAGGCCUAGAGUUGUUAGAAGUGGGUGGGCGACUUGUAUAUUCCACAUGUUCCUUUAACCCAGUGGAGGAUGAGGCUGUCAUAGCCGCAAUGCUGGACCAAUGUAAAGGUAGUGUGGAGAUGGUGGAUGUCAGCAGUGAGUUACCUGGACUGAAGUAUGUCCGUGGUCUAACGUCCUGGAAGCUGUUUUUUGGCGGUUUGGAUCAAGGUCAGUGGUACGAGACUUAUGAGGCUGCCAAGGAGGACAAGGUCAAUAACAUGAACCCUACAUUUUUCUGUCCCCCUGCAGAUGUUGCCAAGGCCUUACAUCUGGACCGCUGUGUUCGUGUCCUUCCCCAUCACCAGGAUACUGGAGGAUUCUUUAUAGCGGUCCUCACGAAAAAGACACACCUUCCCUGGCAGCCACCACCAAAGGACACAGAAUCUUCCAGUACAGACAGUAAGUCAGAGUCUGUAGGAGGAGACAUAUGCAUGGAACAGACCGGUGCAGAACCUUCAGCUCAGAAAACAGAUAUGGACACUGGAGAUGGCACAGACAACGACACAGUCCCCAACACAGAGAAAGCAGACACUGGAGAUGUAGCACCUGGCACAGGAACACAGGGAGAGAAGAGGAAAGCUGAUAGUCUACACCCAGAUGAUAAGGCGUUUGAUGGCAAACAUAACAAACGCAUGCAGGGAUAUAAAGAAGAUCCGUUCCUGUUCCUGGAGAAGGAAGACCCGCUAUUUACACCUAUCAGAGAGUUCUACAGUUUGUCUGAGAAGCUAACAGCGGACCAGAUAUUAUACCGUACAGACUCCGGGAGGAUUCGCUCACUGUACUAUGUUUCUAAACCUGUACGUAACCUGGUUCAGAGGAACUGCAGCAGAGUUAAGUUUGUCAAUACAGGUGUAAAAGCUUUUGGGCGGAGUCCAUCUCCUAUAGUCCCAGAAUGUGACUUCAGAUUGAACCAGGAGGGCCUGGGAGCCUUACACAAUAUGAUAAUGGGACGGACGCUCCACUUUGGACGUGACGACAUGCUUACGUUGUUGUCACAGGACAACCCUUACUUUGAGCGUUUCACAGAUGAUGCAAAGGAGCAGUUCAACAAAAUCAGCCCAGGAAGUUCUGUCUUCAAGUACUGCCCAACUAACAGUGAUGCUGCACCAGCCUGUGAUAUAAUUGUGUGUGGAUGGAAAGGAAAGACAUCUACACGGCCAUUUGUUGGCAAGCAUGAGCGGACUCACUAUCUCCGUCUAUUUGGACUGGAGCUGGAGGACCUAGUCAAAGAACAUGCAGAAGAGCGAGAACGUCGGAAAAUGGCAGAAUCUGUGAUUAGCGAUUUGAAGGAGUUUGAUGCUCCCAGUGAUCCAGAGGAUUGUAGUGAUCAGGAGGAGAACAAAGCCACAGGAAACACAAAGGACUGCGCAGAUAAUAAAAUGGACAUCAAUGUUAAAGACGAAGUGAUAGAUGUGAAAGAGGAUAUUUCUGAAAAUGGGGGAGAAUGACCAUCAUCAUUGACAUUGUAACAAUUAAACUAGGAAUCUUAAUUGAAUGGACUGAUCUGUCCUCUUACAGAUGUUGUAACUUUCCAACAUGGAUCCAGAGAUCUUAAUUUAUCAUUAUGUUCCUUUGUAUGAUGGACAUGGUUUUGACAAAACAAGAUGCUUUGGACACAAAAUGAAGGUUGUGGUAUACAUGGCUACCUCUGUUUUGACCGUUAUCCACUCUUAAAUCGUGAACAUCCAGUGGUUAUCAAAUUAAAACUUCAUAAGGGAUCUCAUUUAGGAGUCCUAAACAGGUAUCUGAUCUCAAAUUCACCUGAAGGAUUGACAUGUAAGGGCAGCUUACAAAGCAGGCCACCAUGGAAGUGUUAAAAAGAAGGGUAUGGGUUUUAGAUACUUAUGUCAUAUAUUUUCUAGACAUGUAAAGAGAAAAUAAAAAGUGCAAUUCGAUACA